UGUAGGUAACUUGAAGUGAUUCCAUGAAUUACAAUCGUUUAAAUGAUCAUAAACUUUUAAUGCAAUGAUUUAACAAUUUCUCUUUAUUAUAAUUAUUGCAAAUUAAUGUUAUAAAGGAUCGAUGUUAGUGGAGUUAUCAGGAGCACAGCAGUAUAUCCUUCUCCAGCAUCUUCCCAGGAACGCCCUGCAUCCAUCCCCAGGCAGCGCGCGCGCCCCGCAGACGCACCAACCGGUUAAAGAGGGAAGCGGCGGCUGCUCCGUCAGGCUGCAGCUGAUGCUGCUGAGGCAUUUGCAGCAGCGGCGUCUAUCCGAUCCGGUGUUUUUCACUCCGCUCCAAAAGACCAAAGGGAAUGAUGAAAACUGUCCUGCACGUCGAAGCCGAGGAUAUUUGUGGACGCGGUUCCUGAGUGGAGAAAUAUAAUCCCGAGGAGAAAAUCCAAACAUGACAUGCACCCAGCUCCCCUGACGAGUCUCUGGGAUGCAGUCCUAGUUUGAGGCCGGGCCGGACAUGAUUUUAAUCUCUGGGGCUGCUGGUGCUGAUGCUGCUGAUGCUGAGGAUGCGGGAUGAUGAGCGCCGCACCCCGAGAGAUACCCAUAAGGAUAAUCCAGCUGAAAACUAUUCGGAUUGACUAUUUGAACAUUUGUUUGUUUGGGUUGUUUAUUUAAUUCAUUUUUUUCCUUCCUAUUCCUGUGCUGGAGAAUUUGAUGCUGAAGGAUUGGGCUGUUUUGUCUGAAGAGACCAACUGAACGCUGUUGCUCUCACAGAACCAGGACUGAGCUGCUCACCUGGUCCUUUCAACACAGACAGUAACAACCUUUCAGGAUGGCUGAGAAAACUCUGGACCCUGGCUCGGUCAGCAUUCCCAUGGAGGAGACCAAGCUCCCCGGAGGAGCGCCCCAGGAGGCGCCGCUGCUCACCCACCUGAAGAAAGUGGAGAACCACAUCACAGAAGCUCAGCGCUUCUCCCACCUCCCGCGGCGCUCCGCUGUGGACCUGGAGUUCAACGAGCUGUCCUACACCAUCCGGGAGGGCCCCUGGUGGAGGAGGAGAGGCUACAAAGCUCUCCUCAAGUGUCUGUCAGGAAGAUUCUGCAGCAGAGAACUGAUUGGUAUUAUGGGACCCUCUGGAGCAGGGAAAUCCACUUUGAUGAAUAUUCUGGCAGGAUACAGGGAAACUGGAAUGAAGGGAACCAUCCUGGUGAAUGGUCGGCCGAGGGAUCUGAGGACCUUCAGGAAGAUGUCCUGCUACAUCAUGCAGGACGAUAUGCUGCUGCCUCACCUCACUGCAAGGGAAGCCAUGAUGGUUUCCGCCCAUCUGAAGCUAAACGAGUCUGUGCAGGUCAAAAAAGAACUAGUGGAUGAGAUCCUGACAGCUCUGGGUCUUCAGGAAUGUGCUCAGACACGCACCAGCGUUCUGUCCGGGGGCCAGUGUAAAAGACUAGCCAUCGCUUUAGAGCUGGUUAAUAACCCACCUGUCAUGUUUUUUGAUGAACCCACGAGUGGUCUGGACAGUGCGUCGUGCUUCCAGGUCGUUUCACUCAUGAAGUCUCUGGCUCAGGGCGGACGGACAAUCAUCUGCACCAUUCAUCAGCCCAGUGCCAAGCUCUUUGAGAUGUUCGAUAAGCUGUACAUCCUUAGUCAGGGUCAGUGCAUUUACAAGGGGACAGUCCCUUAUCUCAUCCCUUAUCUGAAGAACCUGGGCCUUCACUGUCCAACAUAUCACAAUCCUGCUGAUUUCAUCAUUGAGGUGGCAUCAGGAGAGUAUGGGGACUUGAACCCAGUGCUGUUUGAGGCAGUCCAGGGUGGACUCUGUUCAGAGGAGGGCAAGAAGAACUCCAAAGACAAAAGUGAUGCCUCUUGUCCUUCUCAGUGUCAUGAUGAUACUGGAACCCUGGAGAAGCAUAGCUUUGCAACCAGUACAUUCACACAGUUCUGCAUCCUCUUCAAAAGAACCUUCAUCACGAUAUGCAGAGAUACGGUGCUGACCCACCUCAGAGUUAUGUCUCACUUGUUUAUCGGAGUGCUUAUUGGCCUGCUUUAUCUUAAAAUUGGAAAUGAUGCCAGCAAAGUCUUCAACAACACAGGCUUCCUCUUCUUCUCCAUGCUGUUCCUCAUGUUUGCUGCCCUGAUGCCCACAGUGCUAACCUUUCCUCUGGAGAUGUCUGUCUUUUUGAGGGAACAUCUCAACUACUGGUAUAGCCUUAAGGCGUAUUACCUGGCCAAAACUAUGGCUGACAUACCGUUCCAGGUGAUUUGUCCCAUAAUGUACUGUAGUAUAGUGUACUGGAUGACUGAACAACCUCCAGAGGCAGGUCGCUACCUCCUCUUCAUGGCCUUGUCAACAUCCACAGCCUUGGUAGCCCAGUCCCUGGGGCUGCUCAUAGGUGCUGCAUCUACAUCUCUGCAGGUAGCAACCUUUGUUGGUCCAGUCACAGCCAUUCCUGUUCUUCUCUUCUCUGGUUUUUUUGUCAACUUUGACACAAUUCCUAAAUACCUUCAGUGGAGUUCUUAUGUGUCCUAUGUCAGAUAUGGCUUUGAGGGGGUGAUACUCUCCAUCUAUGGCAUGAACCGGUCUGAACUUCAAUGUCCGGAUGUUAUGAUGUGUAAGUUUCAAAAGCCGGAGGAGGUUCUGCAGCUUCUGGACGUAGAGGACGCAAAGCUUUAUGUUGACUUCAUGGUGCUGGGGGUCUUUUUCCUGAUCCUCAGACUGGCCACCUACCUAGUUCUCCGCUACAAAGUCAAGUCAGAGCGUUAAGAUGUCACAGGGAUGCUGAUGCAUAUCUGGACAGUGUGAUGAAACAUAUAGUCCUCAUUUUACCUACGCUACAUCACCUUCACAUAGACUAAAAGACAAAAAAAAUGCAUACAAUCCUCUGAAAACUGCUGCACCAUUACCCAAACUGUACAGUUAAAGAUGGAAGAUGUUUAGACUGUGAGAUAUUUCUCUAUAUCCUGAUGUAGUGACGAGGUCAUGGUCUUUCUAAGCUUACCUUCACCCACCCAAAAAUAACCUAAUAGAAAGGAUGCCCAACAAUUUACUAAAAGCAUGUGUUAGUAAUGCAAGAAAGUAGAAUUUUUAUAUUUUGGCAUCAAGGUGACGUGUUUAAGAAGCUAAAGCUUCAAGGAAAUAGAAGUACAUGCUAACCCUCCUGGGACAGUGACCAGUUUUAAUUCAGUGCCUAAAAGGUAACUCAGUCCAGUUCCUAGUCAUUCUGACUGAUGUUUUAUCAAUUAAGUUGAUCACUCAGCAUAAGGGGGUUGAAAAUGUAACUCUCUCAUUUCCAUCACAAGAUUGGAAACUUUUCAGAGGAGAAAAUAUUUACAAACUUCUACUUCUCUUUCGGGACAAUCUUUUCAGAUACCUGUACAAGGACACUAAACAUGCAAACUUCCGACUGCCAUUGGACGACUUGCAUCUGCUUUUGGGUGUAGAUCAUUUUCGCAGGCCCUCUGCCAUACCACAGAUGAUGGUGGGACAUUUUGGCACCGAUGAAACAUUUGUGAAAUGCUUGUCGUAUGUAACAAACUGAUAAUGAUUCGACCUGGAAGCAGCCUUGUGAGUUCCUACUUCUUUCUUGUUGUUAAUUUUGAAAGCAUGGACUGAGCUGGGAACCAACUAUGAAAGAAGGUUUUCUGACCAAAUUCAAUGGGCUGAAUGAACGACGCUUUAAACAAAGUGCAAUAGCUUAAACUAUGGGUAAAGACACGCCGUUAGUCCAUUUGUUCGCACUUUUGACAUCUCCCUUCUUUAAAAUGCUUGUUUCCACUCGUUGUAUGCCUCUCUUACCCUAUAUUGAGAAAAAAAUAACCUCCUGUGACCUUUCUUCAUCUUUCCUUCUGCUUUCCUGAUAAAUGAAAAAAAAAAAGUGUGUUGUUGAAAAAACAAUGCUAGAUACUUGAAAUGCUGGCUGGGCAUUUUUUGUGCCUCUAAACUAGAGUGAUUUCAGUUUACUCUGUUUUUCGUUGGAAAUAUGUCCUAUGUCUACGUACCUAUGGUAUGGAGGUUGUCACAUACAAACAUACACAUGCACACACAUGCACACACAAAUACUGACACUCACAAACAUAUUACAUUGUUUAAAAGAGCCUCUCCUUGUCACACUGCAAUGCAAAUAUUUUCCAAUAAACUUGCUAUGAAAUAUUUCUUACUUAAACUAUGCUACUUAGUAAUCCUUAUAAUGAUGCAUAACAUAACGUGAGCAUAUAAUCAGUGAUUGUACAGUGAAUAUAUGUCAUGCUGUAAACAAAUGUACAUUGGCACUGUUUAUUCUGUUUAUUAAUUUGUAUUUUAUGUGUAUGUAUUUGAGGAAAGUGCUGCUUGAAAGUGGGAGGACAACUGAAUGUUUUAGGAAUGAACUCUCCAAAAAUAGUUUCCGAGGUUAGCCCUGGUUAUUUCCUUUGCUCUCUUAAGGUGUUUUGCUGAUUAAAGAGAUUUUAGUUUUAAAAUAUCUGCUAUCAAAUGUGCACAGGUGUAAAAAUAUGGAAAUGUAAGGGAUCAGGAGUUGCAAGCUAACAUAUAAAUCCUUGUGAGUUGCCAGGAUAAGAAAUGGCCGUUGAAUCGGCAACCAUUAGGGAUGUCCCAGUCAGGACUUUUAGUGCAAUGAGACUUAUUUUUAAGAGUAGGCAGUUGCAGAAACAAAAUCCCAGCCUGAUAUCUUAGAUGCUGCAUGAAUAUCUUUGAGAAAAGGGGAGAAAUAUUACCCACUCACCAAUGACUUACCAAACACUAUAUUACCUGUUUUUCUUCACAGUAACAGAUAUUCCAAAUUUUUGUUUGUUGCAUAUUUACUUUGUUUUGACACAACUUGCAGAUACUUAGGCUUGUAACACAUUUCAUUGUAGUUUUAGUUCAUUUUUUGGAAGGAUAAAAGUUAAAGAAAAUUAUACGGCUUCAUUAACAUUGUCUUUUGCUUUGAGCAUUCUAAAAUUUAGCUAAGACUAAUAUCAGUUUGGGGAUUAAGGUGAUUUUAUUUUAACACCAGUAACGUCCUGGAGUCUUGAGCACCCAAUUUUGUAAUGUAACAGAUUUGCUUUUCCAAGUCAGAUAUUUGUUUCUUAAGAUAUAUCUGAUUUAAAAGGGAUUGCAACUAACAACAUCUUGCUGCUGGCAAUAUUUUGCUGCAGAAUUUACUAAACGAUAGGCCAAAUCCAAAGUAACUGUUUGUUUUGAUAGAACUCGUUGAUCAACUCCAUUCACAAUAUGUUUUUAGGUUUCCCCUGCAUCUUAAACUUAUGAUUUUGCUUUGAACAAGUAAUUGAAAAGGUUAAGCAAGUUGUGCAAAUGUAAAAGUUGCUUCUUAAAGGUGCAGCUUACAUAAAAUACCUAACUACAGCAUUAUGAGGUAUCAGGAGUCAAGCUCAGCCAGGGCUGUAGCAAAAAAAAAAAAAAAAAGAAGAAGAACAGGAAAACCAAUAUUUGAAACUAGAUCAGGACAUCCCUUCAAUCAAUAUGUAGCUGAGACUGUCAGCAUUAACAGGGAGGUAGCUGAAUGAAAUAGGAGACACAUAGAGGGAGAAAGAUACAGCAGCAUGUUUGUUUCUAUCAUGACAGCAAUAGUUAACAUUGUGAUGUUCUUAGAGUAAUACCUCCCCCUGCUGUUACUUUAGUCACUUUAGAAGUCUUAUCUUCCUGUUGGUUUUAUUAUGUGCAAUAAUCAUCCAAAGGUAUUUUGAACUUGAAGAAAAGGGAACUGUGACAAUUCCAUCACAAGCAUGUUGCAUUUUCUUGUUUGUUCUGUUUUGUUCUCCUCAUUAAUUUAUUGUUACGUCUUUGUCAAAAGUUGCUUGAAAUAAGGCCGAUGGGGCUUAUAAACACACCCUGCCAGGAUACCUGACCAUGUCUUCAAAAUAUUUUUCAAUUUGAUAAAAGGCUCUUUAUAAAGCCGUACAUAAUUAGUUAACAUUUAAAUGUUUUAAGAAAAGCUUUCUUCUGUGAUUUCAAAGGGAGAUAAUUAUCCUGUUGGUGCAAACGUUUGGCAUUUGCAAUAAGCUCUACAUGGCAGGUUGCUUGACGAAAGUCCUUACUAAGUGUGGUUCGGGCGAAGCAGAUGCUAAUUUCUUUCUUUUUUUUUUUUUUUUUUUUU